AGCAACUGCACAAGGACUAGGAGCACAGGGAGGAUUCUGGCAAGGCUCCAUCCAGCAACAUGGCAAGGCAUGUUGUGUGCCUCCUGCUAGUCCUUACCGUGGCACGCUCAUCCCUUGCACGGCCAAAGCUCCUACUGUUUUUGCUUGAUGGGUUUCGACAUGAUUAUAUCUCCGAGGAAGCACUAGAAUCUUUGCCUGGCUUCAAAGAGAUUGUCAACAGGGGAGUGAAAGUGGAUUAUCUAACUCCAGACUUUCCCAGUCUUUCUUACCCAAACUAUUACACGCUGAUGACUGGUCGUCACUGCGAGGUCCAUCAAAUGACUGGAAACUACAUGUGGGACCCAGUGACAAAUGUAUCUUUUGACAUUGGCAUGAACCAAGAGAGCCUCCUGCCUCUUUGGUGGGAUGGAUCAGAGCCCUUGUGGGUCACAAUGACAAAAGCCAAGAGGAGAGUCUCUAUGUACUAUUGGCCUGGCUGUGAAGUUGAAAUCCUUGGAGUCAAACCUAACUAUUGUAUACCAUAUGAAAAUGUUCCAACAGAUGCGAAUUUCUCCGAUGCUGUAAAUAAUGCCAUUGAAUCUUUAAGCAAAGGUGCAGCAGAUAUGGCAGCCAUAUACUAUGAACGGAUUGAUGUAGAAGGUCAUCAUUUUGGCCCUUCAUCUCGUCAGAGGAAGAAUGCUGUAAAAGCUGUGGAUAACGUAUUGCUCAGGAUGUCUAAGCUUAUCAAGGACAAGGAUUUGCAGAAUGAUUUGAAUGUUGUUCUUUUUUCUGAUCAUGGGAUGACUGAUAUUUACUGGAUGGAAAAACUGAUUGAACUGAAAAAAUGCAUCAACAUGAGCGAUGUUAUAAAAGUGAUGGACCGAGGGCCAGUUGUAAGCCUGUGGCCAGAGAAAGGCAAGGAGAGUGAGAUAUAUAACAAACUGAAAAAUGUGCCACAUAUGACAGUCUACAUGAAAGAGGAUAUCCCUGCUAGAUUUUAUUAUAAAAAAGGGAAAUUUGUAUCUCCUUUGACACUGGUAGCUGAGGAAGGAUGGUUCAUAGUAGAGAGUAGAGAAUCACUUCCAUUUUGGGAUAAUGGCACUGGAAAACGAGAAGCUUGGCAGAAUGGAUGGCAUGGCUAUGAUAAUGAACUCAUGGAUAUGAGAGGGAUCUUCCUUGCAUAUGGACCAGAUUUCAAGUCUAACUUCAGAGCUGCACCAAUCAGAUCAGUUGAUGUUUAUAAUGUUAUGUGCAGAAUUGCCGGAAUCCCGCCACUGCCAAACAAUGGAUCCUGGUCGAGAAUGGCCUGUAUGUUGAAAGAUAAUGCUGAUUUGGCCCCGUCGUUCCAAUGGAGCAGCUCUGUGCUGGGACUAAUUCUGUUUGUGUUGUUUGUAUAACAGACCUUGUAAUGCCAGUCGCAGUACAAUGUCAGUCAGUGUGCGUAGUUUUUUUUUCUCCCCAUUUCAAUGGCAGCAUUAACAAAAUGCUGUUGGGAGAAAAUGAUAUAAAUUCAUUUCUGAAAUCCUGGUGCCAAGUGCUUGGAAGGGCUAUAACAAACAAACACAAGUAUGGGCUGGUUCCACUAGGCACACGUCCAUUACCAAAGAUAGUUAGCACUGUUUCCUUCUCCUAUCAUCAGCUCCAGAAUUAAUCCCCAGGGGACUGAAACCAGCAAUCAAGAUGCACCAACUCAAAGCAGACAGAUCCACUUGCUCAUCACAUCUUUUUUCUAGCAGCUUUCUGCAACUGCAUUAACUAAAUUUAGACCAGCUUUUCACAGUCAGACACCCCAAAUGAUGUGUUAUUCUACGCUGUCCAUAGUUCCCUGACAGCCUAUUUUGUGGGCUAAUUUCCCAGGGAUGGUGGGAGUUGGAGUCCGUUGUAUGGAGAGCAUGGGGUGGAAAAAUUGACUUAAAUUACAUUUUAAAAGUUCUAGGUGGAACUUAUGCACCCCCAAGACUUUUCUUAGUGUUCAUACAUGGAAGGUGGCAGCCUGUAACCGAGCAGUAGUGCAGGAUCCACUGCAGCCUCUUGGCAACCUCUCUAAGACGACCUCCAGUGAAGGAGAACUCAGCACUUCCUGCGGCUGCCUAUUCCAGUGGCUGACAGCUCAUACAGUCAGGAAAUUCCUUCUGAUGUCUAGCCUGAACCUGCUUCCUUUAGUUAUUCCUUUUCUUUGUGACAACCCUUCAGACAGACAAGAAGUGCUAUAUCUCCCCUCAGUCAUCUCUUCUGUGGGCUCAACAUACUCAGAACCUUUCAAUGUGUUUCAUGGAGUCACCAGCUGCUGAGCUCAGAUUGAGGGAGGAAGAAGAGAAGAGACUGACCAAUGUGGUGUAGUGGUGAAAGUGCUGGCCUUCAGGUUCUAGUCCUCCCUUAGGCAUGGAAGCCAGUUGGGUGAUUCUCUCAGCCCCAGAUUGAGAAAACAUCUACUAUCAACCCACCCUGGACCAGCAUGGUAGAUUAUGGUCCAUAAUCUUCAAUGAAGAGGCCUUCAACUUCCAGGGAAUUGAUUUGGGUUCAUCAUCAUCAUCAUCAUCAUCAUCAUCAUCAUCAUCAUCAUCAUCUCUUCCUAUUAAAAAUGAAAUAUAAUUUACGCUAUUUAAAUUGCUUUUCUAUGUAGCCUAUUGCCAUAGGUAACUAAACAUUUCCUUAUAUUCAGGCCAUUCAAACAAAGUAAAUGUGCUAUCUAGACAUCAAAUUCUUCCCUUAGUUCAAAGGCAAGGUUAAAGUACAUGCUUUAGGGGUAUGAGAUACCAGCAUGAGGAAAAUCCAAAGUAGAACUGAUAUCAACAUAAUUACUGUUAUGGCCACAAAAACCUUUCAUACAUUGCACUAGGACCACUUUGAGAAAAGAUGUUUUGUGGGCAACUGUUCAUGCAAGAGCAUUGGUUUAUUUCACCACCUAUGCACAUAAAAAUCCAGACAGAAGCAUUCCAUAAUAACUAAUAAACAUUGAUGUGUGCUUUUAAAUCUCAAGUGAAUCAUCAAAUCAAUUGGAAGGGAGGAAAAGAAAAGCAAUCUUUUGUUAUCUGGCUAUUGAAUAUAAAAGGCAAUUUAGUUCUUGUUAAGCAUUUGCAGUAGUUGGAAAACAAAGAUUUAUUGUUUAGAGGUCUGCAUGUUAUAUUAAUAGACCAGGCUGUUUGAAUUCUUUGGAGCACUGUUCCCUCCCAUUAAAAAAAAAACAUUCAAAACCAUCAUUAAAA